UAUGCCUCCCUGACUGCGGUUGCUGGACGGCUGCUUUGAGCUGUGGAAGCUGCAGCUCGUGUUCGAGUUCUGCUCACACCCAGCUUCCUUCCUUCGUAGCAAAUCUCAUCCAGCCAAGGCACGGCAUUGGAAUGCCUCCAGUUUAAACAUCCGAGGAUAUUGUCAGCAGACGUGGUUGUAUUGUGAGGGGAGGACUGGAAGCUGAAGCAGCGAGCCAUCGAAGUCUUUUGGAGCUGCUGCCUGAGAGAUGAUGUUUGGGAGAAAUGGCAUCUUCGGAGCUGGGGGUUCCUGGAAAAAAGUGGUGAGACAGGACUCGUGCAAGAAGAAGGUGGUUCUGACCAAAGUGACCCUCCUCCAGAAUGGCUCGCCGACUGAGGACACCCUGUCACAUCCAGUCUCAGGCAAGACAGGAAAUCCUGAAGCCAGCCCAGCGGAGCAGCCACAUAAACACGCAGAACGAGUGAAGACUGGAUUCGAGAGCUCCUUCUUGGAGUAUGCUGCAGCCAGCGAGCCUUCCAAUUGCUCCAUCCUGAAAUUCUAUAAAUCAGAGUCUGAGGACUCAGGGGUCGAACUGCCCAGUGGUACUAAUUCUCCAUCUACUCCCUCAGGGUCUGAACAGAGCUUUGUCGUACAUCGAAGGGAAUCCUCUUGCGACUCUGGGAUGGCUUUGAGCAUUGUGUCCUCGUCCCCGGGAGUUCAGCAUUGUCCAUUUAUAGCUGACUGUCACAACCCCGACCAGUGUUUAAAAGAAGACACAGGGCCCAGGGAGGCUCCAGUGAAGGUCAAGAAAUUACCCACGGCCACUGCAAAUUGGAAAAAAACCACUAAACCCAGCAGAGACAUGACUCAGAGUCCAACUGUUAUAAAUGAGGAAGUGACCCAGCCCAGGCAUGUCUCCCUUGUUGAAAUCGUCAUUGCAGACACAAAUUCAACAGCAACACUGAACAGAGCAGAAAAACAUGCAACUGAAACCCCACUCAAUCAAGAGGCAUUGAAAAGACGACCAUCAAGUGACAGUCUGAACGACUACAUGGAGGAAUGCUGCAGGCUAAGUCAGGUAAACCAGGAGAAGGUGGGUGAUCGGGGCUCAGGUCUGGGCUACCUGGAGCACAUCUGCCAGCUCAUUGAGACCAUAGGCCAAUUGCAGGACCAGAACAAGCAGUUGCAGAAGCAAGCAUUGAUCACAGAGAGAGCCCUCAAAGUGAACAGGAUGAAGGAGGAGUUUUUCCUGAAUCACUGCUCGUGUGGAGCUGUUGGGAUCUAUCAGAGUCUGGCAAACCUCCCUGAUCUCCAGAUAGGAUCUUGCAGCAGCUCUCCAAGCCAUGGGAUCUCCUUCAAGGGGGAGGACACAGCUCAGAUCACAGGGAGGACAGAGAACAACAGUCAACAAGCUGAGGAUACACAGGCAAACGGCAGAGAACACAGCAGAAAGUACAUGUGCAGAAAAAUGUUAAGUCAGCAAGACCUGGUGCUUGGCCAUGAAGAACUGAGUGAGCUCAACUCUCACUGCCAGGAUCACCAAGAUGCGGAAGGCCAAUCCAGUGGGAAGAUCAAGCUCCUGCUUCGUGAUUCCAAGUUAAAAACUCGCCCAGUCAGAGAUUCAUUUACCAUGUUAAAGCAGUCCUGCCCUCAGCUUUAUAGGCCGGAAGAUGGAAGAAGCAGUCCUCUGAUUAAGGAGACAAAUUCUGCCAGUGUCUGGGGCCUCAACAGGAACAGUGACUGGGAGUACACUCCCUGAUUGUUUGGGCAAAUUUAGUGAAAUAAGAACACUGUCCAGAGAAAUUCUAAUAACGUGUGACAAUCUAUCUGAUCCAGUAGAGAGGGAGUCUCUGGGGCAGCACUAUGGACAUAGCACAGUUGGCACUACUGAGUGGCUGCUUUGAUCUGUCAUCCAGGAAUUUCUGGAAACUUAUUUUAAAUACAAAGCAGACCAGUUUGUUAGAAGCCAGGUCCGCUAUGUUGAAGAUUGUGUUUAUCCAUCUUUUCUGUAAUGCGUGAGGUUCUGUGACCUUCUUUAUGUUUGUACUAUUCACUAAUUGACAAAGUUCUGACUUCAAGUAAUGUCAACUGGAUUGUCAAAAUGAUUAAAAACCAAAAUAGCUGCACAUGGUGUAAAUGAGAAACAAAAACAGAAAUUCAUGGAAAGGUUCAGCAGGUCUGGCAGCAUCUGUGGAGAGAUAUCAGAGUUAACAUUUCGGGUCGCAUGACCCUCCUUCAGAACUUGAGUUAACUUUGAGUUCUCUCCACAAAUGCUGCUAGACCUGCUGAAGUUUUCCAGGAAUUUCUGUCUUUGUCAAAAUGAUUGUUUUAUCUUAUAUUGUUUUCAGUUUCUUGGUUUGGUUUCUGGCUGAACUGCAACUAUGAUUAUAGACCUCGGACAUAUUUAAGAUAUUUCCGAUAAACUACAGUUCCACGAAAGAAAAUGUCCGAACAAAUUACUGAAGAUGCUGGAAUCUGUACUGAGGACAACAAAUGCUGGAGAUCAUAGUGGGUCAGGCAGCAUCCAUGGAGAGUCUAGAUGACUCUUCAUCAGAGAAUCCAUUUGAAUGAUGCCAUUUUCCAAAAUAGCGCUGCUGACAUUGGUUGCUUCAUCCAUGACCAUGGUUUCCCACCCACUGUGGUUGACAGGGCCUUCAAUCGCAUUCCACCUAUCAACCAUGUUUCUGCCCUUGCCCCUUCCCAUCACUCACAACAGUGUGGUUGGGUUGCCCUUGUGCUCACUUUUCAUUCCACCAGCCUCUGCAUUCAAAGGAUCAUUCUCCAUCAUUUCAGAUAAUUCCAGCAGAAUGCCGCCACCAAACAUACUUUCUCCUCACCCCCACAUCACCAUUUCUCAAGGAUUAUUCCAUCUGGGACACUCCAGUCCAUUCCACAACCACCAACACCACUCCCUUUCUCUUCAGCUCCUUCCCAUGUAACCACAGAAGGUGCAACACCUGCCCUUUCACCUCCUCCCUGCUCACUAUCUGGGGGCCUAAACAGUCUUUCCAGAUGAAGCAGCAUUUCACUUGUACCUCCUUCAAUCUUGUGUAUUGUAUCCACUGCACCCAAUGUGGCCUACUCUACAUUGGAGAAACCAAAUGCAGACUGGGUGACUGCUUCGCGGAACACCUCCAGUCUGUGCACAAGCAGGACCCUGACAUUCCUGUUGCUGAUGAUUUUAACAUAGCGUGCUGCUCAUAUGCCUACAUGCCUGUCCUUGGCAUGCUGCAGUAAAUCAUGGUACAAAUUGGAGGAACAACAUCUCAUCUUCAGACUAGGCACUUUACAGCCUUCUGGACUUACUAUGGAGUUCAAUAUGUUUAAAUUAUGAAUAUUUCUUCCCUUUCUUUUAGAUUGUCCUCUCCUCCCCCCAUCCCACUUACAAUCCUUUCAAGUCUGGCAGGAGACGUACCAUUGUUCUGCCAUUCUCACAUUCCAAUCAGUUAAACUGAACUAACAAUAUCUUUUCUUCACCAGCACCCUACAUGUACUACCCCCAGGAUGCUCCCCCACCCAACUAUAGCAUAAAUGCUGUCCUAUCCACACUUUACUUCAGUUCUGAUGAAGUGUUAUCUAGACUCGAAACGAUAGCUUGCUGUCUUCCAUGGAUGCUGUCUGACCCGUUGCAAUCGCCAGCAUUUUGUUUUAGAAUUAGAAUCCCUAUAGUGCAGAAACAGGCCCUUCGGACCAAUCAGUCUACACCAACCCUUCGAAGAGUAACCCACCCAGACCCAUUCCCCUACCCUGAUACCAAUUGGCAUCAAUGAACACAUUUUUACAGAUUAUCAAGCAUUAAGCUUUACUCAGGGGUUCAAGGUCUGCAUAUGUUACUAUUAUUUCAAUUAUCACCAACUCCUGCACUGUUCAUUUCAAAAUCCAAAGCCCAGGAGCAGUGGUAUUCACUGGUGAACCGCUCCAAAAAUCUAAACUCCCCACUUCAGGAUGUUUGAAUUAAGGGGUGUUACUCAAGAGGGGCCAGUGUCUGACACUCCCCUGAUGACAUGUGGUUGGGGGGGGGAGGUCUGUUGCCCAAACUGAGGCACUUUCCCAAUGGGUUUGACUCUGAACACAUUGACUUGAAUACGAGGAAUUUCUUUCCAAAGCUGGCAGUGAAGAGAUCACCAGAUCUCCAGAGAAAUACUGUAAAUAGCCAUACUGGGCCAAUAUACAGGAUCUUACACUGAUCUCCCAAAAAGGUUAAGACAGCAACACCACAGAAACAAAAAUCUGACCAGUGAAAUUGACGAGGGCAGCAAAAAUUAAUACUGUGCCUGAGCAGAAAGGUUUUAAUUAAUAUGAUUCAACAAACCUUCUUCUUAGGAAGCUGUUUUGUUUUUAAACAAUGUGAAUACUACAUAAAGAUUUAUCAUACAUUAUCUUUCAUAUACAGAUAUAUUUAUCAGAUUGUUCUAACUGUGAAGCUUGAUCUGUGUAAUAUUACAAAUAGUAACAGAUUUCUAUAUAUUGUAACUCAACAAAAUGUUCUCAGAUGGCUGUGGGUACUAAUAAAAGGCAAAUAUUCAAGAA